AGCUUACCAUUUACAUAGAUGAACUUAAGAGUUAAGCCCAACCUAUUGAAACAGGACGACUAGUUCUUAGCCUUUCUGCUAAAUAAAUCUCCGAUGACUGACUUGAGAAAGAGUCGAUCAAAUACUCCUGGAGGAUUAAUAGUCUUAGCCAUUUACAAUCUGUACUAAACUAUGAAAGGAACGAAAACCUGCCAUUCAUCUAACAAAUAAAAAGAACAUUUAUUUUUUGUGUUCUUGAUCUGAUCAAACAACAUUUUGUCACACAAGUAAUUAUGAUACUUGAAUCUUACGUUGUUUACUUUGAUCUGGUAAAACAACAAGUUGGAAAGUAAGAUUUGUUGUUUUGACCAGUGGAUACAACUACAAGAAAACCCUAUAUAAAGAAAAAAGUUCUUGUUUAGAGUAAGUUUUGAGAUUCACAAACCACUAUCAUCCAUGGCUAUUAAACCGUUGUUUAUGUUAAUUGCAAGAAUCCUCACAUUUGUUUUCCUACUCAUAUCACUCAUCGUCCUCGCCACAACGGAUGAUUUUAAUCAAAUUUCUACUUAUCGUUACACGUUCUCUGUAAUUGUUAUUGGAUUAGUGUACACAUUCCUACAAACUGCCUUGACAAUAUUUCAUAUGAUCUCUGGCCAAAACAUUUGUGGAGAUGUCUUGACUCACUUUGAAUUUUAUGGUGAUAAGGUUUCUUCCCACAUAUUAGCCACUGGAGCAACAACAGGUUAUGGAAUUACCUCUGGAGUAGCUGCCAGUCUUCUUCUGAUAGCAUUCUUCUUCUCUGCAAUUUCCUCUGUUUUUUCUUCUUUUAAUCUCCAUAAUAAGAGUUGAAUUCCCAUAUAUUGUUAUAUGUAGUAGUGUAGUCUGUAGCCCAAGUAUUUUGUGUUUUGGACGGCUAGCGUUUGUCCAUAGAUUCCCAAAUUUGUUUUGAAAAAUCUGAUUUGGGUGAAGUUUGGU